AGUCACUUUUUGUUUUUAAAAUAGCAGUGUGGCUCUCAGGGAUGACUCUGUGAGGCUCGGAGGAUCACAGCUGGGGGAGGAUCACAGCUGGGGGAGGCCCCAGUGAGGCUGAGUGUGGGAGCGGAACUGCCAGUCCUGCCUGAAAACUCGAAAUGAGUCUUGCUUGGUUCUCCUUCCGCUGGGCGUGAGGCCCCCUGCCCAGGAGGCUGCGGGACAAAUGGCCCUGUAGUGGAAACUGGGAAAAUUUUAGGCAUCUGAUCAGAGUGGGAGCCAGCAGGGGAACCACAGUGCUGGACAGCCCAACCACCUCAAACUUGAAGACAUGAAAUCCCCAAGGAGAACCACCUUGUGCCUCAUGUUUAUUGUGAUUUAUUCUUCCAAAGCUACACUGAACUGGAAUUCUGAAUCUACUAUUCAUCCUUUGAGUCUUCAUGAACAGGAACUAGCUGGUGAAGAGUCACUGAGACAAAAACCAGCCGUUGCCACAAAAAGUCCUGCAGCUGAAGAAUACACUGUUAAUAUUGAGAUCAGUUUUGAAAAUGCAUCCUUCCUGGAUCCUGUCAAAGCCUACUUGAACAGCCUCAGUUUUCCAAUCCAAGGGAAUAACACUGACCAAAUUGCCGACAUUGUGAGCAUAAAUGUAACAACAGUCUGCAGACUUGCUGGAAAUGAAAUCUGGUGCUCCUGUGAGACAGGCUAUGGGUGGCCUCGGGAAAGGUGUCUUCACAAUCUCACUUGUCAAGAGCAUGAUGUCUUCCUCCCAGGGCACCAGUGCAGUUGCCUUAAAGAACUCCCUCCCAAAGGACCUUUUUGUGAGCUUCAGGAAGACGUUACCCUGAACAUGAGAGUCAGAUUAAAUGUAGGCUUUCAAGAAGACCUCAUGAAUACUUCCUCUGCCCUCUAUAGGUCCUACAAGACCGACUUGGAAACAGCGUUCCGGAAGGGUUAUGGAAUUUUACCAGGCUUCAAGGGCGUCACUGUGACAGGGUUCAAGUCUGGAAGUGUGAUUGUGACAUAUGAACUCCAGACUACAGCACCAUCACUUGACCUAAUUCAUAAAGCCAAUGAGCGAGUUGUACAGAGCCUCAAUCAGACCUACAGAAUGGACGAAAACUCCUUUCAAGCAUUUAAUGGCAAUGAUAUUAAGUUAUCUGUCACACCAGAAAUCAUCUUUGAAGGGGACACAGUCAGUCUGGUGUGUGAAAAUGACAUUUUGUCCUCCAAUGUGUCUUGGCGCUAUAAAGAACAGGAGUUGGAAAUUCAGAACAGCAGCAGAUUCUCGAUUUACACUGCCAUAUUCAACAUGACCUCGGUAUCCAAGCUCACCAUCCACAACAUCACUCUGGGUGAUGCAGGUGAAUAUGUUUGCAAACUGAUAUUAGACAUUUUUGAAUAUGAGUCCAAGAAGAAAAUAGAUGUUAUGCCUAUCCAAAUUUUGGCAAGUGAAGAAAUGAAGGUGAUGUGCGACAACAAUCCUGUAUCUGUGUCCUGCUGCAGUGACAGUAACAUUGAUUGGAUAAAAACAGAAUGGAAGCAGGAAGGAAACAUAAAUAUUUCAGGAUCUCCUGAGAUACAGAUAGAUUCUGUCUGCAGCAAAUACGUCUUCAGGGUUGACAGAACCCAAUGCCCAAGCGGGUCAUCUGGAACAACAGUUGUCUACACCUGUGAGUUCAUCAGUGGCUACGGAGCCAGAGGCAGUGCAGACACAAAAGUGACAUUCACCUCUGUGGGAGAUAAUUCCAGCCAGAAAAGUGAAGUGCCCGAGGUCCUAAGGCAUGAGAUGGAAAUGAGUACAGUGCAGAGCACCACCAGGAACAGCCUAGAAACGAGUAAAGCCUGGGAGCAGCAAGCCAAUCUAACAAUAACCCCGGACCCAAUUUCUGUUUCUGAGGGACAAAACUUUUCUAUAAAAUGCAUCAGUGAUGUCAGUAACUAUGAUGAGGUUUAUUGGAACACUUCUGCUGGAAUUAAAAUACACCAAAGGUUUUAUACCACGAGGAGGUAUCCCAACGGAGCAGAAUCAGUACUGACAGUCAAGACCUCUACCAGGGAGUGGAAUGGAACCUAUCACUGCAUAUUUAGAUAUGAGAAUUCAUACAGUAUUGCAACCAAAGACGUCACUGUUCACCCGCUGCCUCUAGAGCUGAACAUCAUGGUUGAUCCUUUGGAAGCUACUGUUUCAUGCCGUGGUUCCCAUCACAUCAAAUGCUGCAUUGAGGAGGACGGAGACUACAAAGUUACCUUCCAAAUAGGUUCCUUGUCCCUUCCUGCUGCAAAAGAAGUUAAAGAAAAACAAGUGUGCUACAAACACAAUUUCAAUGCAAACUCAGUUUCCUGGUGUUCAAAAACUGUUGAUGUGUUUUGUCACUUUACCAAUGCUGUUAAUAAUUCAGUCUGGAGCCCAUCUAUGAAGCUGAAUCUGGUACCUGGGGAAAACAUCACAUGCCAAGAUCCCGUAUUAGGUGUUGGAGAGCCCGGGAAAGUCACCCAGAAGCUAUGCCAGUUCUCGAACAUUCCCAGAAGACCUGGCAGUCCUGUUGGCGGGAUCAUCACUUACAAAUGUGUAGGCUCCCAGUGGGAGGAGAAGAGAAACGAUUGCAUCUCUGCCCCAAUAAAUAGUCUGCUCCAGCUGGCUAAGGCUUUGGUCAAGAGCCCCUCUCAGGAUGAGAAGCUCCCUACAUACCUGAAGAAUCUUUCUAUUAGCAUAGACAAAGUUGAACAUGAAAUCAGCUCUUCUCCUGGGAGUCUGGGAGCCGUUAUUAACAUCCUUGAUCUGCUCUCAACAGUUCCAACCCAAGUAAAUUCAGAAAUGAUGAUGCAUGUGCUCUCUACGGUUAAUGUCAUCCUCGGCAAGCCCAUCUUGAACACCUGGAAGGUUUUACAACAGCAACGGACCAAUCAGAGUUCACAGCUACUGCAUUCAGUGGAAAGAUUCUCGCAAGCAUUAUGGUCAGGAGAUAGCCCUCCUUUGUCUUUCUCCCAAACUAAUGUGCAGAUGAGCAGCAUGGUAAUCAAGUCACCAGAAAACCUAAAAACCUAUCAACAGAAAUUUGUUUUCUCAGAUUCUGACCUCUGGGGCAAUGUGGUCAUUGACAAGAGCCAUCUAGAAAACUUGCAGCCGGAUUCAUCUGUUGUCACCAUGGCUUUCCCAACUCUCCAUGCCAUCCUUGCCAAGGAUUUCCAGGAAAAUAACUUUGCAGAGAGCUUAGUGAUGACAACCACUGUCAGCCACAAUAUAACCAUGCCAUUCAGGAUUUCAAUGACUUUUAAGAACAGCAGCCCUUCGGGUGGGGAAACAAAAUGUGUCUUCUGGAACUUCAGCCUUGCCAACAACACAGGAGGGUGGGACAGCAGUGGAUGCUAUGCUGAAGAAGGUGAUGGGGACAAUGUCACCUGCAUCUGUGACCACCUAACUUCAUUCUCCAUCCUCAUGUCUGCUGACACCCCAGACCCUAGCUCUCUCCUGGGAAUACUACUGGAUAUUAUUUCUUACGUUGGGGUGGGUUUUUCCAUCUUGAGCUUGGCGGCCUGUCUAGUUGUGGAAGCUGUGGUGUGGAAAUCAGUGACCAAGAACCGGACUUCCUAUAUGCGCCACACCUGCAUAGUAAAUAUUGCUGCCUCCCUUCUGAUUGCCAACACCUGGUUCAUCGUGGUUGCUGCCAUCCAGGACAAUCGCUACAUACUAUUCAAGACAGCCUGUGUGGCUGCCACCUUCUUCAUCCACUUCUUCUAUCUCAGCGUCUUCUUCUGGAUGCUGACGCUGGGCCUCAUGCUAUUUUAUCGCCUGGUUUUCAUUCUGCAUGAAACAAGCAGGUCCAUUCAGAAAGCCAUUGCCUUCUGUCUUGGCUAUGGCUGCCCGCUUGCCAUCUCGGUCAUCACGCUGGCAGCCACCCAGCCCCGGGAAGUCUACACGAGGAAGAAUGUCUGUUGGCUCAACUGGGAGGACACCAAGGCCCUGCUGGCUUUCGCCAUUCCAGCACUUAUCAUUGUGGUGGUGAACAUAACCAUCACUGUUGUGGUCAUCACCAAGAUCCUGAGGCCUUCCGUUGGAGACAAACCAUGCAAGCAGGAGAAGAGCAGCCUGUUUCAGAUCAGCAAGAGCAUUGGGGUCCUCACGCCACUCUUGGGUCUCACUUGGGGUUUUGGUCUCACCACAGUGUUCCCAGGGACCAACCUUGCAUUCCAUAUCAUAUUUGCCAUCCUCAAUGUCUUCCAGGGAUUAUUCAUUUUACUCUUUGGAUGCCUCUGGGAUCUGAAGGUACAGGAAGCUUUGCUGAGUAGGUUUUCAUUGUCGAGAUGGUCUUCACAGCACUCAAAGUCAACAUCCCUGGGUUCAUCCACACCUGUGUUUUCUAUGAGUUCUCCAAUAUCAAGAAGAUUUAACAAUUUGUUUGGUAAAACAGCAGCCCCUAAGGUACCCCCAGGCCAUGAUGGAAACCUUGUUAGUGGUGGCAGUUCAGCAAUCUGAUGGAACGUAUAAUGUUUCCACACCAGAAACAACCAGCUCAUCCGUGGAAAACUCAUCCAGUGCUUAUUCUUUGCUCAACUAAAAACAGGAAAAUCCAACCUACGUGACCUCCGGGGGACAGUGGAUAUGCUUUUAAAAAGAGAUUUUUUGCAAAGCAAUGGGGAACAUGUUCUCUGGGCAGGUUUCCGGGAGCAAAUGCAGAAAAGACUUUUUUUUUAAUAGAGGAGAGGUGUUUUUUGGUAAGACAGACUAAAAGUAAUUGUUAUGUUUAUGUUUGUUCCCUCCCCCUCCCCCUUGUGUGAUACCACAUAUGUAUAGUAUUUAAGUGAAACUCAAGACCCCCAAGGCCCAACUUCUCUGUUUAUAUUGUAAUAUAGAAUUUUAAAGAGACAUUUUCACUUUUUACAUAUUGGGCACAAAGAUAUGCUUUGAUUAAAACAGUAAGUAAAAGGCUAGUACAUAGGAAAUAGUUCAGUGAAUUGUAAGAAGGAAGGAAGGAAGGGAGGGAGAAAGGGACGGAGGGAGGGAGGAAAAGAAGAAGAAAGGAAAAAAGAAGAAAAAGAGAAAGAUCAAAAUAGGAACAAAUAAAGGGAAACAACAUUAAGGGCCACAUUUUAAGAUUUCCGUGUUAAUGAUCUAGUAUAAUCACUGAGAUAGUACAACACUGAUAAUUACUUUUUAAUGGCUCAAAAAUGGAAAUGGAAAGUAGUCAUGGAGAAGGGAUACUUUGGGAAAUAUCUUCCUGAAGUCUUCUUAGCUAAGAGUAGGGGAAAAAAAGGCUGAAAAAUAGGGAGGAAAUUCUUUCAUCAGAACGACUUCAAGAGGAUAAUAAUAUUUAUAAGAAAUAAAUGGAAGGAAAUAUGAUUCUCCUGAUGCUAAACACAUAUUGUAUGUUAAGAUUUGAACUAAGUAGAAUGUAUCUGCAGAGGAAGUGUGAUAAAGAUACGUCAUUAGAUCCAAGUGCUGAUUAAAUUUUUAUAGUCUAUCAAAAAGCUAUAAAACACAUUUUAGUGUGUUCCACAUUUUAAAAGCAAAAAAUAUAUAUUUUAUACACCUUUCAAUUGCCAAAUUUGAGACAUUUGCACUGAAAACAGACCUUAACUGUCAUAUAUUUCAUGGCUUUAAGCAGGUACUUCUCUGUGCAUUAUAGAAUAUAUUUUAAUAAUCUUAUAACAUUGUACAUUACUAUUGCUGUUGUCACCAUCAUUGUUACCAUGGAUAAUGGCCCUUGGUGUGUUGUAUAGCUCCCUAUGUAUUCUCUCUUUCUACCUUUAAGUUCCCAGACCAAUACACAUUAAGAGUUUUGCGUGGUCUAAGUUGUGUUUAUUCCAAGCACUUGGAAAGCUUCUGGAAAGAAUUUGUACAUUUGGCUGUUCUGUGCUCCUAAUGACACUUGACUUUGAUGAACAAAUGGUAGAGUUUCCCAAGGAUUUGAUCGUGAAUUAUCCGCAUGUGUGAUUUUUUUGGUGUGUAUGUAUUUCAUUAAAAAAUAUAAAUAUUUAUGAAAAUUGCAUCCUUAUUAGAGUUAACCGUGUGCCAGCAAUACAGCAACCCUGCAUUGCAAAUAAAAGCCUGAUCCCAAAAGGAGAAUGAGA